AGGGCGCGGGGCGGGCGGGGAUGGGGCCUGCUCGCCCGGCGGCGGGCGGGGAGCGGCGGCUGCGGCCUGGUCUGCCGGCGGCGGCGAGGGAGGGAAAGGGCUUGCGCGCCCGCCAUGGACCGGUUCUCGUGGACCAGCGGGCUGCUGGAGCUGGGGGAGACGCUGGUGGUGCAGCAGCGCGGCGUGCGGCUCUGCGACGGGGAGGAGAAGGUGAAAUUUGAUAUGGGAGUAUUACUGCUUAGCACACACAGACUAAUCUGGAGGGAUCAGAAGAAUCACGAGUGCUGCAUUGCUGUACCCCUGUCUCAGAUUGUCUUUAUUGAAGAGCAAGCAGCUGGGAUAGGAAAAAGUGCCAAAAUAGUAGUUCAUCUUCAUCCUGCUGCUUCAAACAAAGAGCCUGGUCCAUUCCAAAGUAGCAAAUAUUCCUACAUCAAACUUUCUUUCAAAGAACAUGGGGAGAUUGAGUUCUAUAGACGAUUAUCAGAAGAAAUUACACAAAGGAGAUGGGAGAACAUGCCUACUGGUCAGACCAUUCAAGUUAACAAGGAUCCACAGGCAGGAAGAAUAAGGGCUGUAGGAAUUGUAGGGAUCGAAAGGAAAUUAGAGGAAAAAAGAAAAGAGACUGACAAAAACAUUUCCGAGGCUUUUGAGGACCUUAGCAAACUAAUGGAGAAGGCUAAGGAAAUGGUGGAGUUAUCCAAGUCAAUAGCUAACAAGAUUAAAGAAAAGCAAGGUGAUAUCACUGAGGAUGAGACUAUUAGGUUCAAGUCCUAUCUACUGAGUAUGGGUAUAGCUAAUCCAGUUACUAGGGAAACACAUGGAUCUGGUACCCAUUACCACAUGCAACUGGCAAAGCAACUAGCUGGAAUGCUGCAGACACCACUAGAGGAGCGAGGAGGGAUCAUGUCACUUACAGAAGUGUACUGUCUGGUAAAUCGCGCACGAGGAUUAGAGUUGCUGUCACCAGAAGAUUUAGUAAAUGCUUGUAAGAUGCUGGAGUCACUGAAAUUACCACUAAGGCUUCGGAUAUUUGACAGUGGUGUGAUGGUGAUUGAACUCCAGUCUCAUAACGAAGAGGAAAUGGUAGCUUCUGCUUUAGAGACAGUAUCUGAAAAAGGUUCUCUCACAGCUGAUGAGUUCGCUAAGCUGGUGGGGAUGUCUGUUCUCUUAGCCAAAGAAAGGCUGCUUCUUGCUGAAAAGAUGGGCCAUCUUUGCAGAGAUGAUUCAGUGGAAGGCUUGAGAUUCUACCCAAAUUUAUUUCUGACACAGAGCUAAUGUAGUAUGUGUACAAUUUGUUACGUAACAGUUGAACAAGAGAGCAGAGCGCAGAACCUUUCCAACAACGGACUUCAAAGUUUUUAUUUUGUUAGUCACCUGCAACAGUGAUGAACAUUGCAAUGCUUUACACUUCUCAGGUAUUUCAAGUGCUGAAUCCUCUUAACGUGGAACUGAAAGGAAAUAGGAAUCACCAAGUCAGAAGCAUGUUAAUUGUCUCAAGUCAGCUAGCUCGUGUUUCAAGUUUUAUUUGUCGUACUCUGUAGUUUCUCAUUCAAGAUAAGUCAGGUGAAGAUUCCACACAAGUGAAAGUGGAGAGAAUAUCCCUGUAACACGCCCUGAGGGUCGGCACCCAGAAGACAAGUUACUUCAUCGUACAAUUUCAGUUUGUUUAUGUCUAGAGCAACAAAGCAGACAGCUGUCUCCGUAGCGAUAAGAAAAGUGAUUUCGGUGUGUACUGAGGUAUAAGGAACAAGCCAGUGCAGAAUAACUCCAUCUCCCUGAAGUGAUGAACAGUUUUCUGAGAGAGAAUCUUGGGGUUCUUGUAAUUUGAGACAGAAAGAACCUGCUGCAGGAGAGAUUAACAUAUGUCAAUCUAGAAAACACAGUGUUUAUUUUGUUAUGUCUUGUAUCUCAGAAUGAAGCAUUGUUAGCACAGAUGUCCUCCCUUCUCUUUUCCUCGCCAUCUUCCUUCCUGCCUCAUUAUGUUGCACUUUGGGUGCCCUUUCUCUGUCCUCUCUAUGUUACAAAGUGGAGCAGCCUCCUGUCACUCUACCAGGCUCUGUGCUUUAGUGCACUUGUUUUUCAUCUGCUCGUCCUAACGAAAUAUCAUUUGUUUGUUUCAUCAGCCUGUUAUCAGUUUUGGAGAGACAGUUCAAUCACUUACAUCUUGUAUGCAAAAUUUAAUAUGCUUUCUGUAUUGAAGAGAGGAAGAAGACUAUCACCCUGUGUUUAAUAGUCACGAGGUAUCAUAUCAUUUGCUUUUCCUCACCGUGUUCACACUGAAUGCAACUGAUAGUCUCAGCUUUCAUAACUCCAGUGGAGUUGUUACAUUACUUGAAGAUCUGUUGCUGUGGUAAUAAUGGUAAGUGGAUGUUUACGAUCCACGUCGCUUAAAUUUUUGGCAUUUUGAAAUGACCAGUUUUAAUAAAUAACAAAAUUAAUUCAAGGUAUGGGCAACAACAACAUAUAUGGAACUGCAUUGUGUUUGUAAUGGCCAAAUUAACAUUACAAAUAAGGAGCCUGAAAAUAUUUUCAGAACUAUUUCAGUGCUACCAUAGCUUGGACAAGCGUAAAGAGCCUGCCAAUAAUGGGUUCAGUGCAGAGAUCCCCGUGGUGGUGAUGCUUUUGGUUUGGAGGAUGCUUAUUUAGAUUCAGGCAAUUGUGUCCACUUAUCCUUGUCAGGAGCAAGCUUUUAUGCAGUGCUUUCUUUAAGGCACUUUUCCUCUGUUUCCUGAAGGUGCUAAAACUAAUGUAUUUGACACAGCUGAAAGAACCAGUUCUGACAUCCAGUAUCGUCUCUUCGGGAGCCUUAGGGCUUGCUGCUUUUCUUCAUCCUCCUACAACCCAUAGAAGGGAUUUACGCAAGGUACGCCAAGCAUCGCGCAUCUAAAGAGGGACUGAAAAGUGAGAAAUUCAGGAGGAAAAAGCUGUCUUGUGACAACUGUUUCUUUUGCCUCAAACCCAAACCUGUCAGACCAGAGGUUUACAGGCCUGAACGUCUCCCCACAAGGGGGCACGUCUUCUGCAGAAGGAACAGAACGAGAAAGGAAAUGCCAAAUGUAAACUCCCAGCCUCUGUUGCCCCAACCCAUAGCAUUUAUUUAAUUAUCUUAAUUAAGCAAUAACAGUACAACCUGUUUAGAAUGAUGGUACCUUCUCAAGCUUUUCUUUCCCAAGAUUUUUCCUUGUUGUGUUGUGGGGGUUUUUUGUUGUUUUGUUUGUUUUUCAGGGGAGAACUAUCUAGGUGAAAUUGUGUAGUUGGCUUAGAAUGUAAACACACACGAGAAAAUGACUACUAGGAAGUAAUAAAAAGAUUUUCUUAAA